UUCAUUUUAAUAAGUAAGAUGGGCUCCUUUUCUUUAUUGUGUAUAUUUGUUUUAAUACUCAUUAUGGGUGAUAGUCAUAUCACAAAGGCUCAAGACUCGCCAGCAAAUUACUUGAACACCCACAAUAUGGCGAGAGCAGAACUAGGAAUUAAUAUGACAAAUCUUGUUUGGGAUAACAAAAUUGCUGCUUUUGCCCAAAAUUAUGCUAAUAAAUGUAAGGAUUGUAAGGUAAUCCCCUCACACAAAGAAGCUUACGGGUAUGGCGAGAAUAUUGCAGUGAUUGCUGGCAACCUAAGCGGUGUAGAUGCAGUGAAGUUGUGGGUGGCUGAACAACCCUUAUAUAAUUGGUAUGUAGGGAUGUGUGAGGGUGGUGCUGAAUGUCAUCAUUAUACCCAAGUGGUAUGGGGAAGUUCACGAAGUGUUGGAUGUGGAAAAGUGAAAUGCGAUGAUGGAAGAUUAUUCGUUUCUUGCAAUUAUUAUCCUGCUGGCAACAUUCCUGGAGAAUAUCCAUUCUAAGUUUUUCAUUUGUUUAAUCACAAUCGUUUCAUUAUGCCUCAUGUAUGUUGUU